AUGGAUCAGCUCAAGAACCUCGCCAGCGGAAGCAAGGGCAACACCAACAACGCCGCUGCUGCCGGUCAGCAGAAGCAGGACCCCCUUGACAAGGCCUUCGACUUUGGCUCCAAGAAGGCCGGCCACGACUUCAACCCCAGCACCGACGAGAAGAUCACCGACGGUGCCCGCGGUCUCUACGAGAAGGUCACCGGAUCCAAGGUCAACUCCAAGAUCUCCAACUAA